AUGCUCGGAUUUUUCCCUUACGGUAUACUCGCCAUUGCUUCUGUUGCAGCAGCACGCGAUCCCACUGUCUACCUUAUUCGACACGGAGAGAAACCCAGUGACGGAGGAAAUGGAUUGAAUGCACAAGGGCUUGAACGUGCACAAUGCCUCCGCGAAGUGUUCGGCAAGAAUUCUGGGUAUAAUAUCACCCAUAUUAUGGCGGAAACGCCUAAGAGCAAUGGCAAACGUGCCCGUCCCCUCGACACCGUUGAGCCGCUAGCUGAAGACCUCGGUCUCACCGUCGACACAUCUUGCGACCGUGAUGAUCCGGGCUGUGUCAAGGAUGUGGUUGCUGGAUACGAUGGCAAAGGCUUGGUCAACAUACUGAUUUGCUGGGAGCACGAUGCACUUACGGAUAUUGCGGAGAAAUUGGGAGUCAAGGAUGCACCAUCUUAUCCCGACGAUAGUUUCGACAUCAUUUGGACCCUCCCAGGUCCUUACGACGAAAUAACCGCGGAGACCAGCGAAAAUUGCCCCGGUUUAGAUGAUUGA